AAUUGAAGAGCUGGCAUUUUAUUGUCAGCCAAGUAAAAAGUGAUUCGAGGACAUAAUGGCACAAGGGAACUGCAAUAACAGAUAGAACAAAAAUAACUAAGAGGUGUUAAAAGAAAACCUGGAGAGUAAAUAUUGCUAUCAUAGGAUUCCAAAGAGCCAUAAGUAUGAGAAGUCGACCCUGUUUACCGGAGUACAGAAACGCGAGAAAGGAUCAUUUGCUUUGUUUUUGCAAUUUCCAGCCUGCAGCUUUAAAAAAAUGACAGCAUCAUUUAUUGAUGUGGUGUUCCCCAAGCUGUUAUUGAACCCCUCUCAAUAAUUAAACUGGCACGAGGCCUGACUGGGCGGAGAGACUGGCCGAACAUGUGCGAAACAAAAAAACAACAACAACAAAACUACAAAAAGCAUUUGGCCUGUUUUGAGUUUAUUUUCAUCUCUUGGUUUAUAUGACUUUAAUUUAUGGAUGUAAUAAAAACACAGCACGAGUAUCUAAUGGGCCUUUAUUUAUUGAAGACAUUUUUCUCUCUCUGAUUGUUCUGCUUUAAUAUAGUUUUAGACUUUGGUGGAUAAAACUGCACACACAGAGUCUUCAUUCACAAUUUCUUUCUUUCUUUUUCUUUUUCUUUAGCAUUGCCCAUAGGUUAGAUGACCACCAAUUAGCAAAAUUAUUAAGUUAGGGAGCAUUUUCAGUGAAAUGGAACCAGCAUGCAUGUAAUAGUAAUUUAAAAAGUUUAUUAAUUCAUCUACAUGUGUCGCGUUUGAUGCUUAUUAAACACCAUUUUGAGAGUGACACAACUGUCACCAACAGGACAAUAUAGAGAAACAGGUUGUCAUAUUCGUAUGUUGUAAUAACAACAGUACACGUAUUUACUUAAAUCUUUAAUUAUAAAACCUUAUACAGUAAUUAACAUUCAUCAACAUUGCCUUCAUGGUGAUGGGUAGUUGUUGUCUUUGUUUUUUCUUUUGCUUCAAACAUAACCCCGUCUCUUAUUCCGCGGAGUUACCACACAUUUCGCGUCCUUAUUGAAGCAGUUUUGCGGCUGUUUGCUUCCUCUUUCUUGAUGUACCGCACUGUAGAUUCAUUCCCGCCCUAAUGGCGUGCCACAGAUGCAUAACCUUCGCCCUCUUUGAUCAUAUGUAAACGUUUCACUUUUUCGCUGAUGGUCAUCAUCUUUUUCUUCCUCUUGGGCGCCCCGGAGGAAGCUUUCGCAGGGGCACAGCGCUUAGGCGGCAUUGUAAGGGCUUGCUUAACUCAUCAAAAAAAUUAUCACUUAAACAAAAAAAGUUAUUGCGAACACAACAGCGUGGACGAGACUGGCGAGACACAACAAGGGAAGAUGCAAGGGAACACGAUCAAUGCGAGGCACUUUCAUGGAGAAACACCCACAUGUCUCUGCUGUCAUGGCAAAGCCAAACGCGGGACGCAAAGGGACAGUACCUGUUUGACCUCAUCUGCCACCACCUCAACCUACUGGAGAAAGAUUACUUCGGCAUCAGAUAUGUGGAUCCAGACAAGCAGCGGCACUGGUUGGAGUUUUCAAAGUCCAUUGCCAAACAAAUGAAAUCUCAGCCUCCUUUCACCAUGUGCUUGCGUGUCAAGUUCUACCCACCUGACCCUGCUGCCCUCCGAGAGGAAAUCACCAGAUAUCUGGUCUUCCUGCAGGUGAAGAGGGACCUCUACCAUGGCCGCCUGCUGUGCAAGACCUCGGACGCUGCUCUCUUGGCUGCGUAUAUCUUGCAAGCUGAAAUCGGUGACUAUGACCCAGGAAAACACCCCGAAGGCUACAGCUCAAAGUUCCAGUUUUUCCCUAAACACUCGGAGAAGCUGGAGAGGCGGAUCGCCGACAUCCACAAGACAGAGCUAAUAGGCCAAAGUCCUGAAACAUCAGAGCUCAACUUCCUCCAGAAGGCUCAGAUGUUGGAAACAUAUGGAGUGGACCCGCAUCCAUGCAAGGAUGUGUCUGGAAAUCCAGCUUUCCUGGCUUUCACUCCAUUUGGAUUCACCGUGCUGCAAGGCAAUAGGAGGAUUCAUAUCCUUACAUGGGAUGAGGUGACCAAGCUGAAGUUUGAAGCCAAGACAUUCCAUAUAUAUGCAAAUCAGACUGAGGAUCAGAAGAUCAUACUGACUUACUUUGCGCCCACACCUGAGGCCUGUAAGCACCUGUGGAAGUGCGGUGUGGAGAAUCAAGCCUUCUACAAAUUGGAGAAGUCCAGUCAAGUUCGCACAGUGUCCAGUAGCAAUCUCUUCUUCAAGGGUAGUCGCUUUAGAUACAGUGGAAAAGUUGCAAAAGAGGUGAUGGAACAAAGUGCCAAAAUUAAAAGGGACCCGCCUGAAAUCCACAGGACGGGCAUGGUGCCAAGCAGGAGCUGUCCGUCCAUCACGCACGGCCCUCGUUUGACAAGCGUUCCAAGGACACGACGGAGGGCAGUACACAUCUCCAUCAUGGAGGGUCUGGAGUCCCUCCGCGACAGCGCCCACUCCACGCCGGUGCGCUCCGUCUCCCACGGCGACUCUUUCCUGCCCUCCCGAGGCCGCACGGUGGACCGCGGCGAGGCGAGCGCGUCGGCGGUCAUCUCCGACGAGGCCUACAGCCCCUCGGACAGCGUCCUGCCUACGCCUGUGGCCGAACGUGGGAUAGAGACGCACCUCAACGGCGCCCCCUGCAGCGUCGACGAGGACGAGGGCGGCGCGUCGCUGGAGGCGAAGGACAAAAGAUCCGGGAGGAGAGCCCCGCGGGCGCUUAAAAUCCGACCGUCGCCCCCUAGCGACGUGGAGGAGCUGCACAAGUUCAUCCUGAGCGUUCUGCGCUUGUUCCUGGUCACCAUCGGACUGCUCUUCGCCCUCCUGCUGCUCCUCAUCGUGCUGACAGAGUCCGACCUGGACAUUGCCUUCCUGAGAGACAUCCGCACGACGCCCGAAUUCCAGCAGUUCCACUUGGAGUAUUUCUGCCCGCUGCGGCGCUGGUUCGCCUGUAAGCUCAGAUGGAUGGGAGGGCUCCUCAUAAGCAAGUAAAGAAUUGAAAAGAAGAUGGCCGUCCUUCACCCAGUCAAAAAUAGUCGCAAGCCACGGAUUGUCCCACGUUUAUUCGUUUUCAUUUGUCAGUCUGAAAAGGAUAGUACUCGUUUUACUUCAUGAAGAGUUCUCAAUGAAAUCACAAUAUAGUGACAACCAAUACAAGUGCUGUUUGGAAAUUUAAGAAAAGAUUCAAACUCCACUUUUGAUUGACAACUGUAGGGAAGUAACAAUGAAAGCAGGGAUUUCCAAAGUGUGGGGCCUUUUGCUUGCCCUAAAUGUUUUUUGCUUUUUUUUUUAUUUGUUUGUUUUCCCCCCAACGCCAUAUUCUCAAAAUCAAAUCAAAACACGACCUGUAUCAAAACAUUACAAAGGAGGAUUAGGGUCACACUGGAAGGAUUUUUAAAAAAUUAAUAAAAAGAAUUUACCUGCAUCAUACUGAGAGCUAUUCCUAAUAUUUUGACCAUUUUAGUAACUCCAAAAUAAAAAUUAUAACAGCUCUCAAUAUGAUGCAGUACAGUUGAACACAAUAUAUUACAAUAAUAAACAUAUUGAUAAAUGAAUGCCUCUCUGACAGUGUCAAACAAAACCGAGCAUUAUUAUCUUCAUUUUUUUAAUUUUUUUUUUUUUUUUUUUACAGCUUCCACUGGAUCUCCUCAGAUUAUGCAGCUGUACCUAAUGUUGUGGCCAAUGAGUCGAGAUAUUGUUGUAGGUUACAGAGCUAUUACAAGUUGACACGGAAGCCAAUAUAAGUAAUGCUGUGUUCUUAUUCCAAGCAAGCAAUUAGGAAGAUGACGAGGGGGAGAGAAAGUGUGAGAUGAAGGGUAUUUUGGUAAUAGUAAUUGUAAUACGAUUUAGUUUAUACAAUUUUUGGUGUAGCUGUAUGGAGGGUUUUAUGUGCCACAAUAGAAUCAAUUCAAAGGUAAAAUAAAUAUACCUUCAUUAAUCAGUGUGAAUAAUGCACAUUUCAGAAGGAAUUCCUUAACUACAAUAUGAAAUUACUGUUUACCCAUUUGUUUAUUUUAUAUACAGUAUAUAUAUAUAUAUAUAUAUAUAUAAUAAAAUGUCACAUUUUAAUUCAUGAAUUAAAUUAAUUAGAAAGAAAUUCACAUUUUACUAUUGUAACUAAGUUCCAUUUGAAUCAUUAAUUACAUUUUAUUUAAUUUAAUUUUGGCACUAAAAACCCUCCAUAAUGACAGGACGAGGACCGUCAUAUACAGUAAAUUAAUGUAGCACUACUGUUCAAGCCUGUCAAUUUGUCUUAUAUGGAAUAUUAGUAUUUUUUGGUGCACUUCUUGCCAUCAACGGUUACCAUCCAAAGGCUUUUGAUGAAGGUUGUCGAUGAAUAAAAGUGUUUUUUAUUUUGUAUUUAUUUAUUUUAACUAGCAGCCAAAUAAUGCUCACGAAUACAGUAUACAAUCACCUUGUGUAAUCGGCCAAUGUGCGCUAAAGCUAGUUGUGCUAGUCAAGUGACUUGUCUUAUCUUACCUUAUCUUGUCUUUGAUUUAUCUCAAUGUGCAAUACUGUACACAAUAUAGACUAAUCUGACAUUGCAAUGUGCACAGGUGAGUAGAAGAGCAGCUUUUUGUUUGUGUUACGUGAAGGUUUAUUUUUUCUCAUUUUUGCUGCAGUGACUUUGAAUGGACUUGCAAUAGAGCCUCACAUAAAUCCUGUUUACUGUACUGCUACUUUCGUCACCGCACCAACCAAAGAAAUUCAAUUUGUGUUGCUUUAGCCUUAUAGCCUGCUGUGUCUUUUACUGGACAAAUGAAAAUACGGUACUUUGUGACGACUAUCUUUUGUUCCUCAAAUUAAGCGACAGUGACAUCAUUGAUUGUGUAGAUUGUGUCAUUUAUGCAGCAAUAGGAAUGGCCCAAGAUGCACCAUGUGGCAAAUGUAAUAACACACCUCUUAUGCACCUUUAUGUCAAUACUAUGUAUGCUUCCAACUUUUCCGUUCCCACAAAGCAAGGUUCAUAAAGGCGUGCUUGAGUUUUGAUGUAAAUGGUAAAUCUGUGGAGGAAUUUGCCCCACUGGGGCCCACUAAUGAAAUUCAGACGGACACACGCCAACGUACGUUAGAAAAACUUCCCAGACUAUCGGAAGCGACUCCAUAUUUGGCACUUCCUUUGAACUGGCCAGGUUUUGUCCAUACAGUGCAUGUUCAAGCUGUCGUGGGUCAGGGUGAUGUGCUCAUUUGCAGUCAAAGUCGAGCAAGCAUCGUAUGAACUCCCUAAUCGCUAGCCCUCCCAUAAUGCGUUGUGUUUGCUUCUAAAGGAAAGAAAUGAGGAAACGACGGCCUCUGUUUUUGCCUCUUUGUGGUGAGCAACUAUGUAUGUUUUCAUCCCAUGAUGCGUUCCGUCACAUCGUCAAGUCAAAUAAGCGUACGCGAUGUCCGAGACACAUGAACACAUUCGAGUGCGAAUAUAAACACUAAUACAUUUUAAUUUGGACUUGCAAGACUUAAUUAGCAGGAUAUUGCAGCAGGGUCACUGGGUGCAACACCAAGGGAAACAAAAAGAUCAAUGGUUAUGCUUUUGCCUCUCAAUAGUUGUAUUUGUAUGAAAAAGAGCAAUAAAGAAAGCGGGUUAUGUCAUAAAUAUGAAGCCUAAUCUUCAGAUUAUGGUUUUUGUGGUUGCUGGAUUAUUCUCAGAAGUUCUGAGGAUGUGUUAUUGCAGUGUUAUUUCCUGAAGAAAAUGGAACUCAUAUUAGCUUGUUGCCACACCAUUGACUUGCUUUGGCUGCAAACUUGGAACUGGACACAAGACAAUGGAUCCGCUGCUGUCAGAACGAGUAGCAAAUCAACUCCAGGACUUCUUCCUUGAAUGCAGUUGUUUCAUUGGUGUUGACAUCACCGUGGAGACCAGAUAGUAUGAUUGAUGGGUUAGGGUUAGUUGAUCUUUUAGCGUGUGCUUUCUCCUAUCCAUCAUGGCGCUGCACAUCGUACAGUGUCUGUAAGCACAUCUUCUGCAUUUAUUGCCUCCUGACCAGACUGAUUCACUCAACUGAAGACUGGUGUGCUCUGUUGAUGAAUAAAUAUAUAUUCUUGA